UGACAUGUCAAAUAGCUGAGUGAGACAACAUAACGUAGGUAGUGAAAUUUUGUUGGUGUUCGUCGCAUUUUGCAGUUAAUAUUCCAGCAUUUUGCGAAAAAUCCUAUUAUAAUCUGGUUGUACCCAAUAAUUAUGGUGUUUGUGUGGAACUGUAUAUAAAAUAAUACUUGAGUUUUUCAAGAAUCGCUAUAUAAAAUCUUAGGUUGGGAGUUUGACAGUUUCUAAUACAAUGGCUGCAACGAGGAGACUACAGAAGGAAUUAAAUGAUAUCAGGCAAUCAGGCUUGAAAUCCUUCAGGGACAUACAAGUAGAUGAAUCUAAUAUACUGACAUGGCAAGGAUUAAUUGUACCUGACAAUCCUCCUUACAACAAGGGUGCUUUCCGCAUUGAGAUUAACUUCCCUGCAGAAUAUCCAUUCAAACCUCCUAAGAUAAGUUUUAAAACCAAGAUUUAUCAUCCAAAUAUUGAUGAGAAAGGUCAAGUCUGUCUGCCAAUCAUAAGUGCUGAGAACUGGAAGCCUGCCACUAAGACUGACCAAGUUAUUCAAGCUCUAGUGGCCCUUGUCAAUGACCCUGAACCAGAGCACCCACUGCGUGCAGAACUUGCUGAAGAAUUUCUUAAGGACAGAAAGAAGUUCACAAAAAAUGCAGAGGAAUUCACUAAAAAACAUAGUGAAAAGCGGCCCACGGACUAAAAUAGUUAAUUCAAUCCAUCACUGUUUAGCUUGAAUUCACAGUAGUGGAGCCAAUCUGCCGAUUUUGUAGCAAUGUGUGAAUAAGUUAUUUAAGAAUGCAUUUAUUUUCCCAAGACAGUAUUUGUAAGAUCUUUUAAAGCGGUAGAGGGUGCACUGUGUUAUACAUUGGAAUCACAUCCACUGCUGUAGAUUCAAACUAAUGUUGCAUUUGAUUUUACACUGGUACUAGCUUUGGAAUCACCUUGCUUGCAAUAAAUACAUAAGCACUAUAAAGAAUUAGAUUAUUAAAUAAAUAGAAAUCGAAAAUGUUAAAUGCCUAUGCGCAUUAGAAUGAGUAAUAUUUUAUAUUUUAAAUAAAUAAUUAGCAUUCAAUAUUCCCAGAAAUUAUAGUCUUGCAAAGGAAUUUAUUAUCUGCUUAUGUUGUUCCUGAAGACAGGUAGCUUUUAUCUAUGUAAUGUUGUAUGUAAACUUUGCUAUGUAAAUAAAUGAAGAACCUGUGUUAACUGACCCCAAGCCACAAGUUAACUUUUUGAACAAAUUGUCUAUAAAUUCAGACCUUAGUGUGUGCUUUUUUUUAUUUAAACACUGUCAGUGUUACAUUGUGUUGUGUAAAAAUACUUAUCAGCUAAUAUAAUUCAUCCAACUAUUGACUGGUUACUGGGUUGCACUACACAAAAGAAACCUGUAUACACAAGACACUUGUCUAACUACAUCUACAUCUCAAUGUUACUUGGUAACUUCUGUGUGCUGAACAGUUCAGUGCGAACUUUAAAAAUAUAUUUUUUUCGAAUUA